AUGCUGCUAAGGGAUUCUGAUAUAGAUUCCCUAAACAACCAGCUUGCAGCCCUCUCUGGUGAGAACCAGUCUCACCAUGAAAAGUUGCAAGUCGUCUUGAAUCAAUUCCGCAACGUCCUCGAAGACUACAGCGCUCUGAAAAGUGACUACGAAGAGGUCAAGGAAGGUCGCGAAAAGUACAAAAAGCAGGCCCGCGGUCAGGAGCGCAAUCCUUUCGUUUUGGUUCUCGUGGACGGUGAUGGCUACCUGUUCAAGGAACGUUUUAUUAAGGCUGGUAGCGAUGGCGGCAUCAACGCCGCUCAGGAAUUGAGCGAUUCCGUGAAAGAGUUGAUGCACUCCACUAUGGGUGCUGAGGCCGACCGGUGCCGUAUUAUGGUCCGUGUCUACGCCAACAUCCUAGGCCUGUCCAAAGUCUUGGCACGAAAUGGCAUGGUUGGACACGAAGCUCGCUCUCUGUCGCCAUUUUCGUCUGCCUUUAACCGUUCCCAGGACCUGUUCGACUUUGUUGAUGCCGCAGAGAAGAAGGAAGGAAGCGAUUUUAAAAUCAGAGAGAUGUUCCGAUUGUAUGCCGAUAUGAACCAAUGCCGACAUAUCUAUUUUGCAGGUUGCCAUGACACUGGCUAUGGCUCUCUUCUGACCCCGUACAAGGGCAAAAGUGACCGUAUCACCCUCAUCAAGGCAGCUGGAUUCCACCGGGAAUUCGAAGAAUUAGGUCUUCCCAUUAAGGAAAUGCCCUCCGUUUUCAUGUCUACUUCUCUUACUACUAACGGAAAACCGGUGCCUGCGGUCAAUACCAAGCUGGCCCAUUCCCCUACAAAUGGUACCAGCGGUUCCAACGGAUUUAAUGGCACUCAUGGUACGAAUGGGGCGGGGCCCACGAAGCCACUUUGCAAACACUUCCAAAAGGGAAUCUGCAAGUUUGGAAGUGGCUGCAUCAAGCAACACGUCAUGCCCAAUCAGAAUCUGUCUCGGCCCGGAGACGAAUCACCCAAGCAACUUUGGUCAACACCACAUAUCGUGGGACGAUCCCAAGAGUUUCUGUCUACCCACUUACCGCCUCAGAAUCUCAAAUCUACGGAAUACAUCCCCGUCAAUAAAGACGGCGACCGUCUAGAUACCUACUGCCCUCAGCCUACCUCGGAAGCUCACGAUCAAUAUCACCGCCGGGCGAAGAUCGCCAAGGUUUGCAAUAGCUAUCAUUUGUCAGGUGAAUGUGGGGAUAUGAACUGUCAAUAUGACCACACCGAUGUCUCCGAGACUGUUCUUGACGUCCUCCGCUACUGCUUCUUGGGGCACCUAUGCCAGAAGCCUAAUUGCAAGGCCGUGAAGAGUUGGCAGUGUCGCUUUAACCACAAAGGACAUACCUUGGAUCUUGAAGUCGCCCGCUGGGUUGAUCCCAUCGAAACCAUAGAUGGAGACCGUUACUCAUCCAGUAGCGAAUCUAUCACAAGUCAAACUUCCCCAAGCACAGUCUAUUUCGGCUAG